AUGGACGCCGUACUCCGCCAGUCCAAGGCCAUGUGCCCCUUCUUGAAGAAGGCGUCGCCGGCCACUCUCCGCGCCCUGUCGACGUCGACUCGCCCCCAGGCCUCUCCAUGCGGCGGCACCAUUUCCAAGUUGCAGCUGCUCGGUCAGCGCUGCCCCGUCAUGGGCAAGGCCCUGGCCAUCCAGUCUGCCCGAUCGGGCAAGGCUAAGAUCCAUACCAGUCGUUCCAAGGGAGCUAGAGCCGUCGACGGGCCAAUGUUCAACCAUGGCGAGACUGGCCAGUACCCGCCCAAGGCCCCAGCCAAGAACCCGGCCAGCGUUGCGAACCCUCCUGGCGGGCCUGCCCACCGAACCUCCAAGUUCGACUACAACGGAUUCUACGAGGGCGAACUCGAGAAGAAGCGCAAGGACAAGUCCUACCGCUACUUCAACAACAUCAACCGCCUCGCCAAGGAAUUCCCUCGAGCCCACACCGACAGCGCCGAAGAUCGAGUGACCGUUUGGUGUGCCAAUGACUACCUGGGCAUGGGCAGAAACCCACAGGUUAUUAAGAAGAUGCAGGAAACGUUGGAUGAAUACGGGUGCGGAGCCGGAGGCACACGAAACAUCUCUGGCCACAAUAAACAUGCCAUUGAGCUGGAGAAGACCAUUGCCGAUUUGCAUGCCAAGGAGGCCGCUCUGGUGUUCAGCUCUUGCUAUGUGGCAAACGACGCUACGCUCGCAACCCUGGGAAGCAAACUGCCGGAUUGUGUCAUUCUGUCCGACAGUCUGAAUCAUGCCUCGAUGAUUCAGGGCAUACGUCAUUCUGGCACCAAGAAGCUCGUCUUCAAGCACAACGACCUUGAAGACCUCGAGGCGAAGCUGGCAUCACUCCCACUCCACGCCCCCAAGAUCAUCGCCUACGAGUCGGUUUACAGCAUGUGUGGCUCCAUUGGCCCCAUUGAGGGCAUUCAGGACCUGGCUGACAAGUACGGCGCUAUUACUUUCCUCGACGAAGUUCAUGCUGUUGGUAUGUACGGACCGAAGGGCGCUGGCGUGGCUGAGCAUCUCGACUUUGAAGCGCAUCAACAGGGCCGACCACGGGGAACCAUCAUGGAUCGUGUCGACAUCAUUACUGGAACUCUGGGCAAGGCGUAUGGAUGUGUGGGUGGAUAUAUCGCUGGCAGCGCAAAAUUCGUGGAUAUGAUCCGAUCCGUAGCCCCUGGCUUCAUAUUUACCACGUCGCUGCCACCAGCGACUAUGGCCGGUGCCAAGACGGCCAUUGAAUACCAAAUGAACUACAAGGGCGACCGAAGACUGCAACAACUUCACACCCGCGCUGUGAAGGAAGCCCUCGAGACCCGCGACAUUCCUGUGAUUCCAAACCCGUCGCACAUCAUCCCCGUCUUGGUCGGCAACGCUGCGCUUGCCAAACAGGCCUCGGACAUGCUUCUCCAGGACUACCAGAUCUACGUGCAAUCCAUCAACUACCCCACCGUGCCCGUCGGCCAGGAACGUCUCCGCAUCACCCCCACGCCCGGCCACACCAAGGAGUAUCGUGACCAGCUCGUCGAGGCCAUUGACGAGAUCUGGUCCAAGCUGGACAUCAAGCGCACCUCUGAGUGGGCCGCUGACGGUGGCUUCAUCGGUGUGGGCGAGAGCAACACUGUCGGGGUCGGGAAGUCGCUCUGGACUGAUGCCCAGCUCGGCAUCGACCAGCAAAUGGUCACUGACAUAAACGCUUCCAGGCCCGCAGGCGCAGGCUUCACGGAUACCCUGCUGCAGCGCGAGGGCAGGGAUGUGGCCCCGGUUGUGAGCGCCACGGCUUGAUUUUCCAUUAUUUUCACACGAUUGUCUGACCGUUGUGGGAAGCCAGGAUUGGGG